GCGAAGAAUCGUCUCUACCCACACUAACACCCCCACCGCAUCACGUUCUUACUUAUCGACGAGAGUUUCACACUCGACAAACUCCAACCAACAUCAAAGCAUCGUUUGCGGAGCUGCUGGUUGUUGAUCGCCGAAGAUGCAGAUUUUCGUUAAGACCCUCACGGGCAAGACCAUCACCCUCGAGGUUGAGUCCUCCGACACCAUCGACAAUGUCAAGUCCAAGAUCCAGGACAAGGAGGGAAUCCCCCCGGAUCAGCAGCGCUUGAUCUUCGCCGGCAAGCAGCUUGAGGACGGCCGUACCCUUUCGGACUACAACAUCCAGAAGGAGUCUACCCUCCAUUUGGUGCUCCGCCUCCGUGGUGGUGCCAAGAAGCGCAAGAAGAAGGUCUACACUACCCCCAAGAAGAUCAAGCACAAGCGCAAGAAGAACAAGCUUGCCGUGCUCAAGUACUACAAGGUCGACGGUGACGGAAAGAUCGAGCGUCUCCGCCGCGAGUGUCCUCAGGAGGGCUGUGGUGCCGGUGUCUUCAUGGCUGCCAUGCACAACCGCCAGUACUGUGGAAAGUGCCACCUCACCUACGUCUUCGAGGAGUCAUAGGUUCUCUAAAGAUUCUGCGGGACGGACUAUAGAUGAAUAAAGUCUGGUUUCGGAGCUACCUUGUACAAUCAUGUGAUG